GAGCGCACGUUGAACACGUCUCUCGCUAGCCGCGUUUUGUUUUGGAUCAUAUCGCGAGUUUUCCAGCCAAAGAUGAGGAAAUCAUGGGGAGGAUUUCAGCCACCGCCCACUGAAAAUGACGGGGAGAACGAAGUGGGCUCCUCCGUUCGCCUGCUGAGGAUCCCCAGGGCUGCCCCGGCCAUGGAGAACUACGGAUUCCAGCUGACCCGCAGCAAGUGGGAUCCCUAUCCAUGGGUAUGCGAGGUGGCAGCCGGCACACCUGCCGCACUCUGCGGCCUAAAAUCCGGCGAUUGCGUUCUGGAGGUAAAUGGUAAAGAUGUUUUGGGCUUACGAGUAGCUGAAAUUGCCAAAAUGGUCAAAAGUCAAAAGGAUUGUGUCACAAUUCUCUGCUGGAACAGCGAAUGUGAUAACGACUGUGAUAAAAAUAGCAUCUGCUGUGCCCCCAUGCCCACGAGUUUGCGACGCCUGUCCCUCGUCCUGGAGAGCAUCCUGCGCCUCGUCGAGUGUCCUGUCUGCGUAGUGACCAUCUCUCCGCCGGCGAUGCAGUGCCAAAACGGACACCUGCUCUGCGUGGACUGUCGCAUCCGCUCCGAGCGUUGUCCUGUCUGCCGGGACUUCUACACUCCCCGCCGGGCUCUGUUGGCGGAGCAGAUUUUCCUGACCAUAGCCAACGCCUUCGAGAUGUGCCGAUCCGAGAAUAAGCUGCGGCAGAAGCUCUUCGCCGGGAUAACAAGACCGGUGGCCAGUGGUCGACAGAGCAGAAUAGCAGGAGGACAAGGACAGCAGGACACCUGGCGAAAGCGAAGACCUGUGCUGCCGACGAACAAGUUCCUAACCAAGCUGCUGGAGGGCUGUGCCUACUCGAUGGACAACCUCUCCCCCUCGAAUGCCGCCACCCUACUGCGGACUAGCUCCACGGAUCCCAGUGAAGUCCCGACCAGGACAUCGCCAGUGACAGCCAGGCCCCCCGAAAGGACAACAAUGCAUGCUCUGGAUGACGCGAAUGCGGAGCAUCCUUCACUCUCGACGAAUGAUUUACAGCAGGAUGGGGUUAAGCCGACUGCCGAGGGCGGUGACGAGGAAUCCGGAACGGACAGCAGCAGCCACAGCUCCGCCGCAUCCUUGCAUCCUCCCACUCCAUCCUCGGCCGACAUCCCGGCCAUCAAUGAAUCUUCCGGGAUGCAGCCCAUUCACAUUCCUCCUGUCACUCCUAGCCAAGAUGUGCCCCAGCAGGUUGUCCAAACUAAGCCGGCCUCGCUGAUGUACCGCUGUCCCUGCGAGCUGCAGGAUCCACAGGAUCCUGCAAAGGACCUGCACCAGAACUGCUGCUACAAAUCCGCUUUUCGUUUGCUUUGAGCUCCGACAUCUCAAUCAACAGCAUCUUCUUAUCAGCCGGGCAUCCUACAACCCAUCCUCAAAACCUCCUCCUAUUUUCUUUACUAAUUAAAUUAAACGCCAGUUGCUUGGCCAAAGUUGCUUAUCGCGUAAAGAACUGAACCCGGCAAAGGAAUUGAAUGGGUGUCGAGCCAGGACAAAAGGCCCCUGACUGGAGAUGCAAAGAAGUUGGUCCAGCAUCCAGAGAUGCUCCACUGCCCGGUGAACUGCAGCGAAGAGUUCAACUUGGCCAAGUUGAGUUCUAAUUUAAUCACUCCUGAACGCUCCACUGACUUUGUGUCAUUUGGCGUCAGAGUUGCGCUGCUCGAUAAUGAAGCCGGGGUAUACUGCUUUCAGGGGUUUGCUUGACAAACGCAUGUCUUCGAUUCACACAGAAAAUAAAUGGAUUCUUUGCUUAA